AUGACCGUCACCCCCGCCAACAUCGAAGACCCCACGCUGCAGCAAUGCCUAGAAAUAGCCGAGCGGACGCGGCAGCUGUGCCACCGGAUCGUCACGACGUUCGAGAGCAGCAAUACCAGCGGCGACCCAGAUGCGCAGCAGAACCUGAUCGAGCGGUCGCGCGGGCUGAAGCAGCUGAACGCGCUGCUGCAGCAGCUAAAGUGUCUGCACCGGACGGCGGUGAUGUCCGCGCGCGACGCGAAGGACGUCACGCGCGACGCCCGCCAGGAGGUCGAUCGCCUACAUCUACAGCUGCAGAAUCUGUACUAUGAGCAGAGGCAUCUGAGGGGCGAGAUUACCGCGUGCAUCGAUUUCCCACACAAGUACACCUCCCUCCCCCUGAUCUCGGAAGAAGAGUUCCUCGCCGCACACCCGGAACAUGCCGAGAUGGAUGCGCACAACCUGAUGAUUGCGCGCAUACGGAACGAAAAGGUGGUGCGCGAGGAUCUCGAGAAGCAGCGCAAGGAGCUACUAGCUACCAAACAGCAGCUCAUCAACGAGAACAAGAAGCGCAAGGACGAUCUGGCGAAUCUGGAUGAGCAGUUGAAGAGAUUCAUCGAAUCCUCGAGGCCCAUACAAACUACCUUCCAGAAAGACUACUAG